AGUCGAUUUAAUAUCAAUGAGAUUGCCAAUGACAUUGAUGCUGGAGAUUCUAAUUUGUCGAAUAGCUGCUCAUAGUAAUAAUCAUUAACUUGAGACGAUGUAAAAUAUUUUAAUGAAAUAAGAAACACACCCACACCCUUAUGUUGCAUUCAAUUAAAUAAUAUUUUUUAUUUAGUUUCUUAUUUGAUUAAAAUUUUUUACAUCGUCUCAAGUUAAUGAUUUUUACAUAAGGUAUAUUUUUCAAGUUUCUAUUAUUUUUUUAAAUUUAUUUUUCUUCGAUAAAUCAAUAUUUUAAGGAUGGUAUACCAGUUCGAUCAAUUGAAAGUACUAUUAAUGCUGCAACUACAAAAAUUUCAAAAUUUUUAGAUAAAAUUUUACGACCAAUAUUCGAUGAUAAAUGCAAAGAUACAAAUAUUAUUGAUGGUGCUUCUUUAAUUACUGAACUUUGA